AUGGAGGAGCUCACGCAGACCGCGGCGGCGGCCGCGCGGUACCUCGGCAGGGUCGUCUGGGCCGGGCUCGGCGGCGGCGACGACGCCGCGCGGCAGCUGUCGUUCACGCCGCUCAAGGCGCUCGGGAAGCGCGCGCGCGACGCCGGCGCCGUCGCGAUGAUGCCCGACGGCGGAUCUGGCGGGGCCCCGGGAUCUGGCGGGGAAGACCGCGCGUCGCGGCGUCGCGCGGCGACGCGCGCGCCCGUGGACCGCGACGGCGGCCGGAGCGGCGUCAGCCGCUUCGCCGCCGAGGCUGGCGCGCGAGGCGCCGACGCCGACGCCGACGCCGACGCCGACGGCGGAGGCGGAGGGAAGCGCCGACGGACGACGUGCGCGCCGCGCGUCGUCGAGCGCGAGAACGCGUUCCGCGUCGGCCGCGCCGCCGCCGCGGCCGUGGUCGUCGACGCGGACGGCGACGGCGACGGCGACGACGUCGACGACGACGCGGAGGACCUGUACCGCGCCGUCGACGAGGACGGUCGCGGCGCGGUCGCGACGCGCGACCUCGUCGCCGCGCUCGAGGCGCGCCCCGAGAUGGCGCGACGACUGCGCGGCGUCCGACGAGGAGAAGGAGGAGGGCGAUCUCGGGGCGAAGGCGGCGGGGCGGACGCGUGGCGACGAUGCCUCGGCGGCGACGACGACCGCGAGCUGACGCUCGCGCAGUUCGUGAAGCUAUUCGCGAGGGAGGAGGCAGAGAAGGACGGCGGCGGCGCGGCGAAGGGCCGCCGCGCGCGAGGGGGAGAGGGGGGCGCGACGACGACGACGACGACGACGACGACGACGACGACGCGCGCGCCGAAGCCGACGCCGAAGCGCGGCCCGUUCCCGCACGGCAUCCUGAAAGAAAACGUCGCCGCGAGCGAGCGCACGACGUCCGGGAAGCGCAAGCGCGGCGUCUUCGGCGGGUCCAACCGGCGCGAUCGACCGUCGCCCGGCGAGGCGGGCGCGGCGGUGCGCUUCAAGGAGGCGCUGGAGGAGGUCGCGGAGGAAGACGACGAGCCCGCGGCGGCGCGGCGGAGGGUGGGAGGGGCGUCGUCUCUGUAUCUGGGGGUGGGAACGGCGUCGCCGACGGCGGCCGCCGCGGGGCGCGGCGCGCUGGCGCCGAUCGCGAGGAAGAACUACGUCGAGGCGUACGCGCCGCCGGCUAUUCCGAUGACGCGCGAUGUCGAGCUCCCCAUCGUCUCGCGUCGCGUGAAGCCGACGUCGUCGCGCGGGCGCGCCGAUUCGAACGCGAAGCGACGCGGCGCCGCCGCCGCCACCGCGUCGACGUCGACGUCGACGUCGACGUCGAGGCACCUCGCGCGGACGAGCUUGCGGCUCAUACGCGCGGUGAGCCGACCGAGAACGCCGGCGGGGGGCGGGCGAGCGCCGAGGAGCGCUGAGUUGAUCGACCCGCCCGAAGACCCGGUCGCGCCGGUCGUCCCGGUCGUCGUCGCGCCCGCGCCGCCCGCGACGGAGGGCGGCGGCGGCGGACUGGGGCUCGCCUUGGUCGCGCCCGCGGCGCCGCUGUCGUUCGGCGGCGGCGGCGGCGACGCGGGCGCGGGCGCGGGUGGGUUUUCUCUCGGCGCGGACGUCGGCGGCGGGAAGAAGAGCAAGCGAGGGCCAAAGGGGAAGGGCGGCGGCGACGAGGACGACUCGAUCUUCGGCGCGGCGCUGAAGGAGUUCAGCGCGACGCAGCCUUCCGCGGCGGCGAAGACGCCCGCGGGCGGCGACGCGGCGGCGACGGCGGCGGCGGCGGCGGCGACGACGGCGGCGCCGGCGGCGGCGCCGUCGUUUUCGUUCGGCGUCUCCGCGAGCUCCGCGGCGGCGGCGCCGUCGUUCACUUUCGGCGCGAGCGCGCCGGCGGCGGCGGCCGCGCCCAGCGGCGGCGCGUCGUUCACGUUCGGCGCCGCGCCGUCGACGACGGCGGUGGUCGACGUUCCAUCUUCCGGCGCGCCCGGCGCGGCGGGCGGCGGCGGCGGCGCGUUUACGUUCGGCGGCGCGCCCGCGUCGUCGUCGCUCGGCGUCGUGAACCCGUUCGCGGCGGGAGGCGCGCCGCCGCCGGGGGGAGGGAUGGCGCUCGGCGGCGGCGGUGGGCCUCCGAACGGCAGGCCUCGCGUCCGCGCGAGACGCCCGGGACGUAGAUAG